AUGACACCCCAACCCGCGUCUUUGAAAAAAGACAAAAAUCCGCUAUCGACGCCAAAAAAGACAUCUGUAUCUUCUUCGGCACCAAUGUCAUCCUCUUUGGAAAAGGCGCCAUCUGAUUCUGCGACUUCUACUACUUCAAGUAAUGUUUCUGAAGGUACUUCAUCAUCUGCUACUACUGGCAGUACUGCUGCUAUCCCAUCGACUGCUCCUAAUAGCACUACAGUAACAUCUACAACAUCAACAGCAUUACCUGGAUCUUCGACAUUAGGAUCUGCGUUAGGAGUUUCAGUAGCAACCACACAACGGCCUUUGCGUCCUAGUAUUGUCAUUACAGUAUACAUGCCGCUUCAAGGUGUGUCUCCGGAAGAGCAAGAAAAACAUCGCGCCGAAACUGUAGCGGAUGGCGCAUGUAAUAUCACUGGUGGUACAGGGAAGGGAAAAGCUUUGACUAGCGAGGACGAAUAUAUUGCACAGGAUCAAAACGUUGUGAUUGACUUUUUGCGACUGGCAGAGAAAAAAUAUGGCUACGAAAAAGUUCACCCUAACGCUGUGCGCAGUGCUAUGGAACUUGUCGGUGAUGACGAUAUUAUGGAUAUGGAUGAUGGAGAUGAUGGUGAUGAACCUGCAGAAGGACAAAUACCCACACCAGUACCUGCGCCUGUUGGGGAAACUGGGGAUGCUAUAGCAGCAGCAAAUAAACGGGCAGCUCAAGCUGCGGCGGCACGAGCCAAAGUCGAAGGAAAAUAUGACCUUAACGAUCCAUUUAUUGAUGAUUCUGAGUUAUUGUGGGAAGAACAAGCGGCAUCGACUCAAGAUGGGUUUUUUGUUUAUAGCGGACCACUAGUACAAGGUGAUGACAAUGAUGUGCAAAAUGCUGCACAAACAAACAACGCCAAUCCCGCGGACGGUGAUGAAAGUUUUUACUAUGACGGUGCUAACGCGCCACCCCCACCUCCUGCACAACAUCAACCGCAAUCACAGCAUCAACAGCAUUCUACAUCGAGCACAAAGAAGAGCAAAAGUCGGAGCUCCAAUUCUCAUACUCAUAAUAAAAACGAUCAUAAUGUUGAAGAACAAGUUGAUGAAGAUGUCAUUAUAUCACAUGCAUCACCAGCUCAACCUCGAAGUGGCACAGGUGCUUCCACCAGUACUGGUACUGGCACUGGGUCAACUUCAAACACUUCAUCAUCAAACACUUCUAUACAAGGAACUAAACGGUCGCGAACAACAGCUGGACAUGAGGGUUCUGGGAAUAGCACGGGGGCAUCUGGUAAUAGCGGCACUAAUGGGAGUCAUAAAUCAGCUCGUACGAAAAAAUCUAGUAGCAGAAAAAGCGAUACCAAGAGAAAUCAUGAUAAAAAUAGUGGUAGUGGUGCUGGAUCUGGAUCUGGGGCAGUUAGUAGUGCUAGCACUCCAACAGCAUCUGCCACCACAGGGACAGCAGAGACUUAA